CAUGCCGUCUUUGCUCCAUGCAUUGAGCAGCGCUUUUCAGAACGCAGUUGCACCGGAGCCGAACGAUGGAAGCUAUGGACCACCACAACCUCCACCGUCCUUCCGCAAAACGUCCAGCCUGGAUGGUGAACCCUUUGAGGUGACCAACUGAGACUCGGAUCAUCGUUUGGAACUCCCCUUCGACGAUGAGCAAAAUCCAGUGGUGCGAUGGCAGCUGCAUUGUGAAGACUCAGACUGCCUCGGGGGGGCCUAUAUGUACUCCCCUGACUAUACGCGAAAUGUGCAAGGUGGUAAGUCCUCUCCACGUCUGUUGCUAUACCGGCCACACCCAGAUCGCAACCAACCAGAUGAAGCCUUGCCAUUGAUGACGCUGAUGGAUCAUUACCGCCUGCAGGAUUUGGACUGUUCCACUGAUGGAGUGCUGACGCCCUUCUGCAACUACUGCCUGAAGCUGGAACCUGUGCGCAUGUGUGGAAAGCAGUUCUGCUCACCCAGCGUGAAUCACUUCAGCAUCCGGACCACCUGUCCGCACCCCAAAUUUCUCACCGAACACAAUGGUCAGGUCUCUUGGACCCCCUCCAGCGGUUCCAGCGAGCAGUACUGGCGCCUGAGCCAACCGCCUCCGCGAGCACCUCCCGAGCCCGCGCUGGGACCCGACGCGGCCGGCACGGCGGGAUUGGAUUUCCUCUAAGGGCGACAAAGAUCUCUGGGAGGUUCUGGAAGUGGAUUGUUUUCUGAUUGUUUUCUGUGUGUUUUUGUUGG